AUGGAUAGAUAUUUAAGUGUCGCACAAAGAACGAAAGGAAAAGACGACGAGGACGAGGAAGAGGAUGAUGACGGGAAUAGGAACGGGAAUGGAACUAACGUAGGGGCGGGAUCGACACCCGCUAGCCAAACCUUAAAGUCACGAUACUUACCGGUACCUAUUGUACUUGAUUCUCCAGCCGAGACCCGUGACCUCGACGUCCUUGCAGACAGACAACCACAUAACCACAACCACGAUCACAGCCACAACAAUCAACCUCCUACUCUGCCCAAACUAAAAGUUCAAGCUCUACCCCCCGAGAACAUGAGCGUCCUCCUCGAAACUUCCGCUGGCGACAUUGUCAUCGACCUCCUUACAGACUACUCCCCCAAGCUUUGCGAAAACUUCCUCAAGCUCUGCAAAGUAAAAUACUACAACUUUUCCCCGGUCCACAGUAUUCAAAAAGACUUCUCGUUCCAGACCGGCGACCCCCUCGGGCCCUCCUCCUCCGAAUCCGACGGCGGCUCCUCAAUAUGGGGCGUCCUGUCCAAAGAACCCUCCAAACGCACGUUCCCCGCCGCCUUCCACCCAAAGCUCAAGCACGCUGAGCGGGGGACUGUGAGUUUCGCGACAGCGCAGUCACCGCGAGAUCCCGAAGAGAGGGUCGCAGGCUCGCAGUUUAUAAUCACGCUCGGCGACGACCUCGACUACCUGGAUGGAAAAGCGGCAGUGUUUGGGAAGGUGGUGGAGGGGUUUGAUGCGCUGGAGAAGAUCAACGGGGCGUUCUGUGAUGACAAGGGGCGCCCGAUGGUGGAUAUCAGGAUUAAGCAUACGGUUAUUCUGGAUGAUCCGUAUGACGAUCCUGCCGGGUUGAUAGAGCCGCCUGAGAGCCCUCUGCCGUCAAAGUCACAACUUGCAACCGUCAGGAUCGGAGAAGAUGAUAAUCUAGAUGAGGAGCUGGAUCCUGAGGCUGUGGAGAAGCAGAGGCGGGAGAGAGAAGCGAGGGCCCAGGCGCUGACGCUGGAGAUGGUCGGCGAUCUACCUUUUGCCGAAGUCAAACCGCCAGAAAACGUCUUGUUUGUAUGCAAGCUCAAUCCUGUCACAACUGACGAAGACCUCGAACUAAUCUUCUCCCGCUUCGGAACCAUCCUCUCUUGCGAAGUCAUCCGUGACAAGCGCACCAACGACUCCCUCCAAUACGCCUUUAUCGAGUACAGCGAGCAGACCUCCUGCGAGCAAGCCUACUUCAAGAUGCAAGGCGUGCUCAUCGAUGACCACCGCAUCCACGUCGACUUCUCGCAGUCCGUGUCCAAGCUUUCGGACACGUGGAGGACGGCGACGAAUUCGAAACGCAGGAACGGAGGGGGUGGAUUCGGAGGCGUGAGUGGGCUGGAGAAGAAGAGGCAGUACAAGGUCGGGGGUAAGGAGAGGAGGGAUCGGUAUGGGAUGGUGUAUGACGAGGAUGAACUGAGGAGACGAGGGGAGAGGCAGGGAAUGGAGAGGAGUCGGAGUCGGAGUAGAAGCCCUAGAGUGGAGAGGGAGAGGGAAAGAGGUUUUGAUGGGAGAGGUAAAAGGAGGGUUGAUGAAAAGCACAGUGGGGUUAGGGACGACAGGGACAGGCGGGGUGGUGCGGAUAGAGAAUAUAGGAGAGACGAUAGUUAUAGGCGGAGAUGA